ACAGAGUGAGACGCGACCAACCACUGCAAAUGGAAAUCAUUCCACCCUCUUUGUGAAACGGGACAUGCUAAACGACCUCCAGACUUCGGACAACAGCAACAGCAACCACGACGCACACUCGACACUCGACAAUCGCCAGCUGGGAGGCUAUUCCCAGAUUCAACCCGCUGCGACAAUGCUGGCAGCCCACCACGACCAGGAGAAUGUGUACGUGCACCAGGCCGGCGCCUCUAAUAAACAGCUGGGAGCCAAAACCCCUGGCGCCCGCUAUCCGAAAACCCCCCUGAAAAUCCCACUCAACGACGAGAAUGCCAACCACGGACUCGGAGGAGGCAAAGGAGGGCUAUUGCAGACCAAGGGAAACAAUGGAUUGGUAAAAUCGGGCAAGCAGGCCUUGGUGACGCCAGCGGCACCCCAAACUGGUCGAGCCCCUCUCGGGAACAAAACCACCAAUGGCAAGGCUCGGGCAACUCAGAAUACCCAGGGCGGGAAGGGAACUGCUCUCAAGACACCGGGACAGAGGCCGACAACUGCUCAACGACCAAAGCAGGCUGCGCCCCAAACUGGGCCAGCCAAAGUCGAAGUCCGUGCCGAUGUUCAGCCUCCCAUUAAGGCCGAUGACGAGGUCGAGUACUGUCCACCAAAGCCUAGGGACUUGCCUUACGAAUCCGAUGUGCUACCCGAUGGCGUAUUAACAUUCCAGGGGUUGAAGCCUGAGAACCUCUUCAACGACUACUAUCGGUACUACUUCAAUCGUGUGGAUGGCCAGGGAAAAUCGGCCUUGGAAAGGGAAAUGGAAGAGCGGCAACAGCGAAAGUUUGCGCGUGGUGAUGAGCAGAUUCGCUUGGACAUGGAGGGGUUUGACUGGAGCGUGGGGGAUGCCCCAGAGAGCCGUGAUGUAUUUCAGAAACGGCAGGAGACCAUCAAGGUGGAAGCUAUCCCGGUUGUCAAGAAAGUCACUGGGUUGGGCUCAAGACCGCCAUCCACAAUUGCCUCCCGUAGAGCAGCCUCGGCUCUUGCUGCACCAAUCAACUCCAUCCGCGGUGCGCCUGGGAAGACCGCGAUAUUGGCUCCUAAGCCGCAGCCACGAGGCUUGCUGUUGCCCAAGAGAAAGCCAGCCGACAACAUUCUCCAACCUGGUACAUUCACGCGGGAUACGGCAUCUUCAAUAAUAGCCUCGCGCGAUACACUCGGCUACAGCAAGGGCCGUUCUGCCUCUUCAGCAAUUCAUGGGAGAAAAGAGUCGGUCACCCGAAUGCCAGAGGUAGCCCCAAAACCUCGCCCCUUGAGCCGCUGUCUGAGCACAGCUUCUUCUGGUUCUGAUGCGACGAUAACGCCGGCUCGUUUUGCCCAGUCUUCGCAAGACUGGAAGAGACCCGACUUUCUCUCGAUAUUUGAUGUGGAGGACGAUGACAGCGCUGCGAGUACAGCAGUGCCCCAAGUUGAUGAUGAGGAAGAAUUCCAAAUGUCCACAGACUUUUAGACAGCAACUCGAUACAGGCAUAUUCAUUGGAGUAAGGGUUGGCUGUGUUCGGAUAUGGCGUUGGAAGCUGGUUGCACGGUUUCUAGCAUCAACUGGGCUUGCUGGGUUUAUGGUUGUAGGGGUGUUUGUUUUUGGGUUUAUGUUUGAGACUACGGAUGUGGGAAAGGGUAGGGAAUCAGCACUGCGGAAUUUGGCGUUAUCCAAUUUGUGUCUCUUACUUUGUAAUUGAUAGGGUCCAACAAGACAUUUGCAGGAAGGCUCUUUCCAAACAAAAGCAUUGCUGUACGAAUAAAAAUAAACAUAAGAUGA